GCGACCUGCGGAGCCGGGAAUUUCCCUGGCCCCGGGACUGCUCAGUUCCCCGCGCCCGCCAGGGAUAAAAGCGGUUCUCCCGGCUCCGGGAGCCACAGAAUCCGCUCCGCCAGCUCGCGCUGCAGCUCGCCAGCUCCAGGCCCCGCCGCCCCGACUCUCCGAGCUGAGCCCCAUGGCCCGCGCCGCCACCGCCGCCGCACCCCGCGCUCUCCGCCUCCUCGGCGCCGCGCUGCUGCUCCUGCUGCUGGUCCCCGCCGGCCGCCGCGCCGCAGGGGCGCCCGUGGCCGCCGAGCUGCGCUGCCAGUGCUUGCAGACCUUGCAGGGAAUUCACCUCAAGAACAUCCAGAACGUCAAGGUGACGCCCUCGGGACCCCACUGCGCCCAAACCGAAGUCAUAGCCACUCUCAAGAAUGGGCAGGAGGUUUGUCUCAACCCCGAAGCCCCCAUGGUCAAGAAAAUCAUCAAUAAGAUGCUAAACAACACCAACUGACCUCAGACAAGUAAGAAGCUCGCUGGUGGUGGUUCCUGAAAGACCCUUACAGGAACUGAAAAUGAAGAAGAGAACUGGCUUCUGGAGACUUCUAGAAAGGCCUUAAAUAUGUUUGACUAUUAUGAGUUCUAUUUAUUUAUGUUUGUAUUUAUUUAUUUUUCAAAGUUCAUAUUUAAUAUUUUACAUGUUAGUAUUUAAAGAUGUGAAUGUGUUUAAUCAAACUCAGUCCUGAUUGUUAUUUAAUCUGAAGAUGAUGGGUUUUAAAUGUCUCAUGAAACCAGUGUUUCCGGGAGUUCAUCAAAUGCCCGGGGUACAUUGAUGGGUUGGAGCCGGGGGGGAGGGAGUCGAAGCAGUUAAACAGUGUGUACAGAUCUAUUUUUGUACUUGUUUAAAAGAAUGUCAGUUGUUAUUUAUUGAAAUUAUUUCACAUUAUGUGGUCAACAUUUUUAUGUUGAAGCUUCCCUUGGACAUUUUAUGUCUUGCUUGUAGGGCAUAAUGCCUUGUUUAAUGUUCAUUAUGCAAUGUUGCUCUGUCUUGGAACAGAGAAGUUAAAACUACUGUAAUGUUUUUACAAACAAUAAGAUAAUAAACGUUUUGCAAAAAAUAA